GUGCCGUGCCGUGCCGGGCCGUGCCGGGAGCGGGGGGAGCGGGUCCGGGGAAGCGGGGCGGGCGGAGCAGCGAAGGGGGGGGGGGGAAGCCCCGCUCGGAGCAGCCGGCGCGGCGGCUCCGGCAGGUGGCACUGGCCGCCUCCCCCGGCCGCCUCCCCCGCUCCCCCCCCGGCCCGGGCUCCUCCGCCGCUGCCGCCGCGCUCAGUCCGCCAGCGCCGAUGCUGCUGAGCGGAGCGGCGGCCGGCUCGGAGCGCGGCGGCGGCGGCGGCGGCGGCGGGGCGGGAGCCGGGGCGGGGGCCGGCGGGGCUCCGCAGUGCGUGGGCACCAUGGCCCGCUGGCUCCGCGAGCACCUGGGCUUCCGCAGCGCCAAGCCCGCUCCCCCCGCGCCGCCCAAGCCCGACUACCGCGCCGGGCCGCCGCCGCAGCCGCCCCCGCCGCCCGGGGGCGCCGCCGAGCCGCUGGCCGCCGCCCAGCCCGACAUCGUGGCGGCCUACCGGCUGCAGAAGGAGCGCGACUUCGAGGACCCCUACAGCGGGGCGCCGCCGCCCGCCGCCCCCGACGGGCCCCGGUACGUCUCGCCCAAGCACCGGCUCAUCAAGGUGGAGGCGGUGGAGAAGGUGCCCGCCAGCCCCCCGCCGCCGCCGCCGCUGACGCCCGCCGCCCCCGGUUCGCCACCGGCCGGCCCCGAGCCACCCGACGAGCCGCCGCAGGAGCUGGCUGUCCUGGAGGACUAUGCAGAUCCCUUCGAUGCGGCACAGGUGGCUGGUAGCCAGGCAGGGCUGGAGAAGGUGAUGGAGAACGAUGGAUACAUGGAGCCAUACGAAGCCCAGAAGAUGAUGGCUGAGAUCCGCCAGAAGGGCUUACGGGAGGCUCCUGCUCGGCCGCUGCACCUCUACGACACUCCCUAUGAGCCUGUGCUCGGAGGGCUGGAUGCGGAUGGCGACCGUCCGGCUUGCCCCAGGCCCAGGGAGUCCCGGCUGCCCGAGGAUGACGAGCGGCCGCCGGAGGAAUAUGACCAGCCCUGGGAGUGGAAGAAGGAGCGGAUCUCCAAAGCCUUUGCAGUUGAAAUCAAGGUCAUUAAAGACCUGCCAUGGCCACCGCCGGUGGGACAGCUCGACAGCGGUGAAAGCCCCCCGGACGGUGAGGCCGGUGCCUCCGUCCCUCCGCAGCACAGCCAGCCCGGCUACGAAGACGCCAACGGUCCGUCGGAGGGGCUGGGGUACGGCCGCACCUCACCCUGCAGGGAGGAGAAGGCCAGGGCAGCCCUCAGACAUGGCUCCAGCAGCCUCAAGAGCACGAAGAUGCUGAUCGCCGAGCCUGGCCCCUUCGUCGGGGAGAGGAUUGACCCUGCCCUGCCCCUGGAGAGCCAGUGCUGGUACCACGGGGCCAUCAGCCGGACGGACGCGGAGACGCUGCUGAGGCUGUGCAAGGAGGCCAGCUACUUGGUGCGGAACAGCGAGACCAGCAAGAACGACUUCUCCCUCUCCUUGAAGAGCAGCCAGGGCUUCAUGCACAUGAAGCUGUCCCGGACCCAAGAGAACAAGUACGUGCUGGGUCAGCACAGCCCGCCCUUCGACAGCGUGCCGGAGAUCAUUCACCACUACGCCAGCCGCAAGCUGCCCAUCAAGGGGGCUGAGCACAUGUCCUUGCUUUACCCGGUGGCUAUCCGUACCCUAUAGUCCUCACCCACCACGAGCCAGGCUCGAGGCCAGGUGCACCCGAAACUGGCCCGUCCGCCGGGCCGAGCGCCACCGUGCCAAGGACGGGCUCUGGACCAGCAGCCCGCGAGCGGCUUGCUGGGCAUGGCCGGCGCUGUUGGGGAUUGCUGCAGCCGGACCCCUCGUCCCGCCCUCUCGGGGGGCUCCCGUGCGCCGGUUUGCCUGCCUCCGGGCAGAGCUCAGGACGCAAGGACUGGAGCUGGGGCCUUGGAGAGGCCUGGGGGGGGGAAAAGGGGGAUAAAUCAUCCGUUAACAGGCCUGAGGUGCCUCUGUGAGGGUGCCUGGCUCUGCCCAUGGGAGGGCACAGGCGAGGAGGCUGGCGGGGGGCGAGCGGGGGCCUGCCUGGGGCUAGCAAGGCACGGGGGGCCAGGCCAGCGGUGGCCCCCACCCGCACGGGUGCUCGGUGUUCGCUGUCAUCCUUUGCCAAAUGUAAAUAGUGACCGGUCUCAGCCGCGCGUGCAGCACCACUGCCUAAUAAAGCGGUGCAUGGUCGCCUCCUGCUCCAUGGGGACCGUGCGCCCGCAUCCCACCUCAAGUAGAGGGUUGGUGUGGCAAGAUGGUGGGGAGGGGGAUUUUAUUACACAAAAUCUCUAAGCAAAUUGAUUUUUUCCUUUGCUCUUGCAUACUCAGACCCAUGUGCCCCGGCAGUCCGGCCAGCUCACUCGUCUGAGACACAGGGAACAAGGGACAUUGUGGUCAUGUCCUCGUGAUGGCUUUGGGACCCUUUGCAGGCAGUGAUGAGCUGAUUUUGGAAUGCCUGUUUCCCUGUAGAAGGGCGUGCUCCUUGGGAUCUUUUGCCUCGUUUUCCUUCACCCCUCCUAAGUCUUAGGCAAAAUCCCUGGAUUUCACAGAUCUCCUGUUCUCCUCCUCUGGGUGUUUAGUGGCUCCAGUCCUGUUCUUUGUCUUCCUGACACCUUGUCUUUGGGCCAGCUUGCUCCUUCUCUUCAUUUGGCUGAAGCUACAUCUGGUGCUCUGUAGUAUUUAAUGCAUACCUUGCCUUUUAACCUUGUUCCUGGGUGUUGCUUGCUGCUGUACCCACGCACGUACGUUUCCUCCAUCCGUGCUUCAGACUGAGCUCGGUCUCGCUGUUGCUCCCCUGCAGCGCGUUCCCUUUCCCCUCCGCUCCCCAGGUGGUCCCGCUGUGUGCAGCAGAGGGGAUGGCAGCAGCAAAUUUGCUGCUGGACCAGCAAAACCUUUUGCAUCAGUGGAGCAAAGUGCUUGGGGUGUCGAUGGGAUGUGUUAGUGGUGGCUUGAUGAAGGCUUUGUGAAAAAGCAUCAUCCUCCUCACCGCUUGAUCCCAGGAAGGAGCUGGCCCUGCGGGUUCGCGGGCGGAUGGGGGUGAUUGAUGGAACUGCAGGGACCUUGUGUGGGUGAGUGCCGCAGCCACGGCAGGAACG